AUGUAUCUCAUUCUCUUCGAAUCUAUCUAUUUAUCUCAUUCUGUUCAAAUCUUUCUAUCUAUCUAUCUAUCUAUCAUUCUGUUCGUAUCAAUCUAUCUAUCUAUCUCAUUCUGUUCGUAUCUAUCUAUGUAUCUCAUUCUCUUCGAAUCUAUCUAUCUAUCUCAUUCUGUUCAUAUCAAUCUAUCUAACUAUCUAACUAUCUCAUUCUGUUCGUAUCUAUCUAUCUAUCUCAUUCUGUUCGUAUCUAUCUAUCUAACUAAUUCUGUUCGUAUCUAUCUAUCUAUCUAUCUAUCUCAUUCUGUUCGUAUCUAUCUAUCUAUCUAUCUCAUUCUGUUCGUAUCUAUCUAUCUAUCUCAUUCUGUUCGUGUCUAUCUAUCUAUCUCAUUCUGUUCGUAUCUAUCUAUCUAUAUAUCUCAUUCUGUUCGUAUCUAUCUAUCUAUCUAUCUAUCUCAUUCUGUUCGUAUCUAUCUAUCUCAUUCAGUUCGUAUCUAUCUAUCUAUCUCAUUCUGUUCUUCGUAUAUAUCUAUCUAUCUAUCUCAUUCUGUUCGUAUCUAUCUAUCUAUCUCAUUCUGUUCGUAUCUAUCUAUCUAUCUCAUUCUGUUCGUAUCUAUCUAUCUAUCUCAUUCUGUUCGUAUCUAUCUAUCUAUCUCAAUCUGUUCAUAUCUAUCUACCUAUCUAACUAAUUCUGUUCGUAUCUAUCUAUCUAUCUAUCUCAUUCUGUCCGUAUCAAUCUAUCUAUCUCAUUCUGUUCGUAUCUAUCUAUCUCAUUCUGUUCGUAUCUAUCUAUCUAUCUAA